AUGGACGAAUGCUUUAGAAUUUUGAACGAACGAUCGCAAUACAUAGAACUCACUCGAGAACAACCAAAAGAUGGUUGGCUGCCUUAUUUGAAUGCUCAAAUAAAACUACACAAUGGCAUUGCAAGUGUGAAAUGGUAUCGCAAGGAAAGCUCGAAAAACAUACUGAUAAACGCAAGGUCAGCCCAUCCUAAUGGCAUGAAAAAGGCAAUUAUCCGAAAUAUGGUCAAAACAGCAACAGCAAUGUGCACAGGGGAUAGAGAACGGGAAGAAUCACUAAAACUAGCCACAAGCAUAGCUAGUUCAAACGGUUACUCGAGAUUGAAAUCUAUCACCCAAUCUCGAACUGCGAACAACACAGUGAGGAUGCCACGUGAAGGUAGAAUUCCUUUGUGCAUCAUCCUCUGUCUCUGA